UAAAAAAUCGCAUUAUUUUUCAUAUAUUUUACCUUUACUCUACACUGCUCUGUCCCUCCUUGUAAAACGGUCUGAUGGUUUCCGGGUUCUAUGAAGCCAGUCCCACAAAAAUAGCAAUGGGCUCAGAUUGGUUAGCUGGCCCAGUGUGUUGUGAUUCGCUAACCGCCUAGAGCACGUUUUUCGGUAACGUCACGCCCCUUACCUUUACCAGUAGUCUGUGCUUUGGUGGUAUUAGAAACAAUGGCGUCAAUAAAACCAUACCAAUUUGAGCCCGAAUCGGACCCAGAAAAUUUUAAUGAAGAUGAACGAGCAGAACCUGUUCAAGAACGGCGUUUAAAUGACGUUUCAGAAUGGUGUACAUGUAAUAACUGUGCAAAAAUGCCAAUUGAAGAGGAAAACAUCUGCUGCAAAGAAAUACAGAAGGUUGUAAAACGAAUGAUGGAGGUUCCAGACCCUCCUAAAUGUAUGGUUGAGCAUCCAGGUUUUGAACCAAACUGCUUAAAUCCGUAUACUUUGCAAAAUAUCAAUAAUAUUUACAGAGCCGACUAUGGACCAGUGAGACGCAGAAAUGAAGAGGAGCGUUUCCGUUAUCUGGCCUAUCGCAGCUUUGUCAGCUGGUGCUGGGGCUACCUAGGACGUAGUGUGAGGGUUGUCAUCCCCUCAUGUGUUGUUAACCGGAUCCGUCUACAGUUUCCUGAUCCAGCGGGACAGUAUGUUGGGUUCCGGCCACCCCUCGACUGAAUCGUGACACACGCUGGGCAAUCACCUCUUCUUUGGAAGGUUUUUCAUACUGUGAUGACAGAGGAGGUGGAAUGGGGAUUGCAUGCAGCUCUUCUGCAUAUGGCU